GGGCCCCUGGGGGGCACCAGCACAGCGCUGGCUGCAGCCUCCGGAGUCGCUAUGGGCAGAGCCGGGGUGGGAGCAGCUGCACAGGUGCCCCCGGAUGGAACCGGGCAGACACGUCAGCUGCUGCUGCAAGAGCAGAGGCGGCUCCCGGGCCCUGCGGGCUGGAGGGUGAGCUGCGGCCCCUGCUCUCUGGAGCUGGUGGCCGGGCUCUGCCGGUGCUGGAACCAAGCGAUGGCCCCGGGCUGCGGCCGCUCCGAGCCACACCCCGACCCGCGCGGAGCCCCAGGGCGGGGCGAUCGUGUCCCAGCCUGGAGCCCAUCACCCGCCGAGCCGAGCCCCUUCCCUGGCCCAGGGCCUGGCCCCGCCUCCCCGCCUGGCUAUGAAGGCCGCUCCCCGAGCUGCGGCGGUGAGUUUCGGGGUCCGGGUCUGGUCUGGCGCUGCCUGCGAGCCCCAGCAUCGCCUGAGCUUGGGUCUGCAAAAACCCUAGAGCCGGCCCUGGACCCAAGGGAAAGGCUGCUGCAGCUGGUGUCCAGGGAGCUCCAGGCAGCCUAG